AUGGCCGUCUCAACGAAUAAGCGAUUUCCUGGGUUUGGCCUGCCGGUUGAUCAUGAAGGAGAGGACGUAGCCUCCUUUCCCCUCGCAAUCGGCCAGCCGUGGUCUAGUAGUGGAGUCAGCCUGCGCGAACAACGCAUGCUCGAUUUCAUCAAUAAGAUCACUGACAAGCCUGGUUGGGAUACUAAGGUCUUCGACGAAGGCAUCGUAUCCCGCUGGCGGGCUGAGGCUGACGUGCGGCCGGAGGAGCUUGGCGGGGACGUCUAUCUGUCCCAAAAGAUGUUUGACUUUUCUACGAAGUGCAUCGCCGAGCUUCGGGACAAAAGCGAGCAGUUCCAACAAACAGGCCGCGUCAGAGUGCUCGACUCGGAGUUGGUCGUCCUCAAGUCGGACCGUGCUAUCUCCAACGAGACGCGAGACGAGCUCCGAGUCGGCGUGAAGGUCCUCGAGGACGUCCCGGAACAUGAGAAGGAUUGGCAUCCGGACUCGGACGACCAGGUCCUUGAUCUUGUCCACCCCUCUCUCUUUCCCGUCGUGUGGGGACUCACACGCGCGCUGGAGGAGGGCACAGUCCCGCUCGAUGGUUGCGUCGGCUACACAGGCAAGGGGGCCGUCGUUCCACAUUAUACCGCACAGCCGCGACCCGCGGCUGAGAGAUGGGGACAACCACCACCACCCAAGUUGUGGGGUUCGUUUCAGUGGCUCCCGACCCAGGUGGAACUGGCAGCAGAUGGCAGCGCCAGGAUUACCAGUUAUAUCAACAAUCUCCACCCCGUGCAACACAAAUCACUGUACUGCACUCUGGAGCGCAUCGUCGCCGCCACUAUUCCCCUCUGGGAGGACACACUGAACGGGUUUGGCGACCACCGCCGGUUCGACCUUGCAGAUACAGGGUCCUACGACUAUACAUACCCGCCGGGACUACAAUACCAAAUCCCUGGGCGCCAAGGUCGCAGGUCAUUGUUCGAUCCUAUCAAUCAUACAUACGCGGACGCCGAGACGGAGGACGGAGAGAAAGCAAGCGGGCCUGGAGACGACGAUAAUAACGAGGACGACGAGGACGACGAUGAUGAGGAUUGGCGCUACGAGGACCAUUUCCAUUACUGGCAGCGCGCAAAUCGUAUCCUCUUGUACCGUGAGCCCCGGAAUUACAUUCCCCAGGUCGAACUCGCCAAAGGAGUGGGAACCGGUGGCACAGAUAGGGGCACCAUCAGUUUCCGGAAUCGCUUUCCAGCCGGUCUGCAGGUUAUUUUCAAGCUCGCCAACAUUCACCUGACCCCCGAGGAUCCAUCAUACGAAGGUGGCUCGUGGCACGUCGAGGGCACUCUGAACGAGAUGAUAUGUGCUUCCGCCAUCUACUACUACGACCAAGACAACAUCACUGACAGCCAUCUGGCUUUUCGCCAAGCUAUGGAUACCGACAAAGUCGCGAUGAUUCCAGACCAGUACGAAUACGACUCCUUGCUACGCUACUUUGGUGUGGAGGAGGAGGGGCCAGCCAUCCAGAACCUGGGACAAGUCCUGACAAGAGAGGGUCGCUUACUCGUGUUCCCGAACUGCUUGCAGCACCAGGUUCAACCUUUUGAGCUGCAGGACGACAGCCGCGAUGGCCACAGGAAGAUUCUGGCCAUGUUCCUCGUGAAUCCGCACCGCCCAAUCUUGUCGACCGCCCAUGUCCCUCCGCAACGCCAUGACUGGUGGGCGGACGAGAUGCGCAAAGAAGGCGGCUUGCCUGGGCUGCCAAACGAAAUUACUGAUAUGAUCAUGGACGCGGUUGAUGAUUUCCCCAUUUCGUGGGAACAAGCUCUUGACUUUCGGGAGCGUCUGAUGGAGGAGCGGAGCGAUUUUAACGACCAGUUGAACGACCACUUCGAAAGUGAACCCUUCAACUUCUGCGAGCAUUAG